CCAAGAUGGCGGAGCGUGGGAGUCCGCUACCGGCUGCACCGUCAACGGCUCCGAUUUCUUUCAGUUUCACUCGCACGUCUGUCCGGAGGCGGCUGGCAGACCUCGGAGACGGCGAAGGACAGGCCCGAGAGGAGAAAGAUUUCUUGGCGACCGUAGAAGGGAGGGAGCUGCAGAGUGUGAACCCUCCAGAAGCUCCCAAGGAGCUGGUUAUCCCGUUGAUCCAGAAUGGCUCUCGAAGGCAACCACUGUCCAAGAGCCCUAAGGCAUCCUCAGAAACUAGCACCGUGUUGAUGUCAGACGGUGUGUUGUGCCAGGCUGUGAAGGAACUCAUUGAGGAAUCCAAGAAGUCUCUGGAGGAGAGGGAGAAUGCAGGUGUUGACCCCACGCUCACUAUCCCCAUGAUCCAGAAAGGAUGUCCUCCCAGUGGGGAAGGAACAGACAGCGAACCUCAGGCUGAGACAGUGCCAGAGGAAGCCGACUAUGAGGCAGUCCCUGUGGAGGCCUAUGGGUUGGCCAUGUUGCGGGGCAUGGGAUGGAAACCUGGCAAGGGCAUCGGCAAUACUUUCAGUCAGGUAGUGAAGCCCCGAGUCAACUCUAUAAGGCCAAAGGGCUUAGGGCUUGGUGCCAACCUGAUGGAGGCUCAGGCCUUGGCCUCCACCGGCUCUCACCAUCCGCCAAGACCAGAUGGGGAUCGAGAGAAGGAUAAAGAAGACCAGCCUCAGGGGCUAAUCCAUGGAGGAGCUGUGGUUGUCCUUUCUGGCCCGUGCCGAGGCCUCUAUGGGAAGGUAGAAGGCCUAGAUCCUGACAAUGUACGGGCCAUGGUUCGGCUGGCAGUAGGCAACCGCAUUGUGACUGUUAGUGAGUAUUGCCUGCGACCUGUUUCCCAGCAGGAGUAUGAUAGCCACACCUCGAAGCCAGGCCAUGUGAGCAAAAGUUCCACAGAGCAGCAGAACAGAGCAACUGGAACAGCCUCCUCAGUGAAGGCCCCACAGAAUCAGGAAGACUCAAAGAGGAGGCAGAAGGAUUCAGAGAAGAAGCGGAAACACUCUCCCCAACGACAGGAUGGACCUGUGCCCAAGACAGAGAAAGCAGACCCUAGAAACAAGCACUGGUUGCACAGGGACCUACGUGUGCGGUUCAUUGACAAACUGCACAAAGGUGGCCGCUAUUAUAACACCAAGAUGACAAUUGAAGAUGUCCUGAGCCCAGACACAUGUGUGUGUCGGACGGAUGAAGGCCGAGUUCUGGAAGGUGUGAGAGAAGACAUGCUGGAGACCCUGAUUCCCAAGGGAGAAGGCCACCGCGUGAUGGUGGUGCUGGGACCACAUGCUGGAAAGGUGGGACUUCUUCUGAGUCGGGACAGAGCACAGAGUCACGCUUUGGUCCAGCUUGAGAGAGAGAAUCGGGUGGUGGAGCUCCACUAUGAUGCCAUCUGCCAGUACAUGGGCCCCGGUGACUCAGAUGAAGACUGAUAUAUGGACCUGUCACUCAGGCUGUCACUAUCUUUGUUGCAGUCUAUAACAGAUGCUAGGGAGAAGAUGGGAGAUAAUUGUUCUGUCCUCCUUUGAGAUGCAAGGAUGGGGGUGUGACUAGAUAGACUAUUUACCAAAAUGUGGAGUGUAAUAAAACCCAUUUUAAAUAGCGGAAGGAUGAAGUCAAAGCCAGGGUGUAAACUGUAAGUUUGGGUAGAGGAACUGAGAUAACUCAAAUGGAAAUACUUCAUUUCUUAACCUCAUUUCCCUGCUGAGGCUUCAGGACAAGUUAAAUUACCCAUUCAAUACAUAGCUCACCCUUGGAACAUAAAAGCUAUGAAGUCUCUCCCCAGACAAACACUAUAGAAUCUGCAAUGCUGCAUCUCAAAACAACUUCCUGAGUUUGGAUCUUGAAUGGCCUUCAAAGGCCUAUAUUUUUUUUAAAGAUUUAUUGUAUUUUGUUGUUGUUGUUGUUUUAUGUGUGUGUGUGUGUGUGAGAGAGAGAAAGAGUAUGUGAUUGUGAAUACAAAUGCUUUCAGAGACCAUGAGUGUUGAGUUCCCCUGGAGUAAGUUACAGGCAAUUUCAAGCUGCCCUGCAUGGGUGCUAGGAACCAGACUUGAGUCCUUUGGAAGCACAGUAAGCACUCUUUACCACUGAGCCACCUCUCCAGCUCAUAUGCCCAUAUGGUAAAGGAUUCUUGCUCAGGAUUGUACUACUAGCAUAUACUUUUGACCUUUGAAAGAUAAAGGCCUGGCAGAGAUUACUUAGGUCAUGACUGAGGGCCUCCAAAAAUGAGACCUUUCCUCCUUAUAAUUUAAUUAUGACUGGUAGUUUGUCAGAGGAAGGGGAAACUAACUGCUGUUCCCAUUGACAACUCUAGUAUGGACAUCUGUUUCAUCCUUGAUCCAGGGAAUCCCUCCAGGAAUGUCCCUGAGCUGAUGAUGCACUGAAGAGAAAGGAGGACUUCUGCCCAUGAAUAGGAUGGCUUAAUCCCAGUUUCCAAAGGAGCUAGUCACUUUUAGUCCCAGAACAUUGCUUAGGUUAAAAGGUAUUUCUGACUCUGCAGUUUCUCGGCUUGCCCUAGGUGAUUAUAUUCUUUAAAAAAAAUAAAAGGGUUAUUGUUGAGAAUCCUGAACCUUUUUCCUGUAUAAUGGUUGGAGAAGAAAAGUCAGAGUCUUAGACACAAUUGUUUCUAAAUCAUCCCCAAUAUAUAUGGUAUUUGACUUAGAUCUGAUCUGAGCCACAGGUAAAAAUACCUAACUUGUCAGCCCGUGGCACACACUAAAAAUAAUCAAAACACCCAGAACAGAAUGAUCCUGCCAAAUGUGUCUGGAGUGGGGCUCAGAGUUGCUGUAUUUGCCUGGCAUAUAUAAAACCCUGGGUUCCACAUACCAUCGGGAAAAACAGAACCUGCUGUCUCUGUUGAACAAGAGAAACUGAACUCUCUGGUCAAAAUGAACAGACAGAAAGACAUGAGUCACGCCAAGUGUGGUGCCCAUAUCUGUAAUCUAGCACUUGAGAAGCUGAGACAGGAAAAUUCCUAUGAGUUCCAGGACAGUCUGAGUUUCACUGAAAUACCCUUUCUUCAGAACCUAACAGGAAAUGUACUAGGUGUGGUAGUAAGAACCUGUCUCAAAAAGAAGGAUAGUGUGGCUUUUUUCCUUCCUAUUGUCUCCUUUAUGUCUCUCUCUUAUCUAAGACAUUGAUUCUGUGUUGAAUAAGAUAGGGGAGAAUGGACAUCUACUUCCUGAUUUCAGAGGACAUGCUCAGUGUGUCUAAUCUUAUGUUGGCUAUAGAUUUAUUGUAUAUAGCCAUUAUUAUUUUGACAUAUUUCCAUGUAUUUCUACAGUCUCCAGAGCUUUUAUCACAAAAAAUAUGUUGAACUUUGUCAAAUGGGUUUCCAACAUUUACUGAAAGAAUUUCAUGUUUUUCUGUACUUGAGUUUGUUUAUAUGCUGUAUUCCAUUUACUGAUUUCUGUUAUGUUGGAACACCUUUGCCUUUUGGGAGUGAAGCCUCCUUGGUCGUAAUAUGUAAUCUUCUCAAUGUGUUCCUAAGAUUCAGUUUGUAAGCAUUUUGUUAGGAAUUUUUUAAAAACAAUUUUAUUGACUCUCGGAGAAUUUCACAUCAUAUACUGUCAUAACACUUCCCAGUCCUUCCAUGUCUGUCCCCCACCCUACUUUGUGACCCCCCUGCUAAAACAAGUUAAAAUAAUAAUAAAUAAAAAUUAGAAAACUAA